GAAAGUUAACUUUUGCUGUCAGUAGAUGGUAAAAGGGGUUUCUGAAGGUUCAAAUGAUAUUCGACGAUAGUGCGUUCGUUUUCAACAAAUCUGAAAUUUUAGUGAUUAAUGCGAUGGAUAGAGCAGGUGGCAGAGUUGAUCGCGGAGCUGCGCGCGGUGCAGUUGCGACACUAAACGGCGAUAGAAGUGCUGCAGCUCGUGGGGCUGGACAGCAGAUGCUUGGCCGCGGAGCCGUGCGCUCUGAUCGUUACCUGCCGGAGGUGGUAGUCACUCGUGAUUCGCAAGCUCCUUCUAAGCAGGGUAAGCUAGGCAGAAACCUCGUCCUGCAGGCGAACUACUUCCGACUGACCAGAGCGGAAAACAUGUGCGUCUUCCAGUAUCGGAUCGAUUUCGAACCGGUUAUCGAGAAUGUCGGCCUUAUUUGUGCGCUCAUUAAAACCCAGGCGCCCGUUCUGGGGCCUUACAUCUUCGAAGGAACGAUGCUGUUCCUCUACAACAAGCUCCGCUCGGAGGAGUUGGAGCUGCAAGUACGAGAUUCGCGCACGGAGAAUCUAUAUAAAAUGAGGAUCCGGCAUGUCGGGACGGUCGAUAUGCAGUCGACGAUGGGACUGAUGAUCCUGAAUUUAAUGCAGCGCCAGGCGAUGAACAGUCUGCAGCUGUUGGUAAUGAAUCGCCAUCACUUCGAUCCAAAAGCGAAAAUCGCAAUCCCACAGUACAAUUUGGAGCUUUAUCCGGGCUACAUCACGUCGAUUCGCCAGCACGAAAGGGACGUUCUGCUGUGCGUCGAGAUAACGCAUCGUGUGCUGCGAACCGAUACGGUCUAUAAAAUGUUGAGCGAUCUGCGUGGUUCCCCCGGUGCAUUCCAGAAGAAUUUUCAAACCAUGAUCAUCGGAUCGAUUGUCAUGUGCACCUACAAUUCCAAGACCUACAGAAUUACGGACGUGGACUUUAAUACCACUCCAUCGACGAGCUUCACGAAGAAGGACGGCGGAAGUAUUACUUUCAUGCAGUACUUCAAGGAUACAUACAACGUUACAAUUCGCGAUCCGAAGCAACCGAUGUUAGUGUCCACACCGACCAUGCGCAUGCAGCGGUCCGGAAUCACGACGCCUAUUCUGCUCGUGCCAGAGCUGUGCCGCAUGACCGGAAUUACGGAUGCCAUGCGGAAGGACUUCAAUCUGAUGAAGUGCAUUGCCAAUCAUACGUGCAUUGGUGCGGAUCAACGGUUGGAGCGAUUGGAUCGGUUCAAUAGGCGCCUUCAAGAGACAGCAGCCAGCCGCGAGGUGUUCAAUUUUUGGAAAACGGAGCUAGAUCGUCGAGCUGUGGAAUUGCCCGGCCGUGUUUUUGAUAAUGAGAUCGUUGUGAUGUCCAAGGAAGUAAAAGUAGGAUCGGAUUCGGACUGGACCAAGGCAUUCCACAGCAACCGGAUGUUUAAAUCGAUUGCGUUGAAGAGAUGGUUCGUGGUUUGCGAGGCAAGCAAGCAAAAAUUGGUGCAGGACUUUGUGUCGGCGAUGUUGAAAGUCGCUCCGCCGAUGGGAUUCCAGCUUGGCACACCGGAGACCGUCAUUAUACCCAACGAUUUACCUGCAACGUACUACCAAAUCUUAGAGCAGCUGGCCAAUCGUGAUCCGCCGUUUAUUAUGUGCUUGGUGAGCAAUGAUCGCGCCGAUCGGUAUAGGGCGAUCAAAAAGAAGUGUUGCGUGGAUAGAGCCAUUCCAACGCAGGUCAUCAAGGUGCGCACAAUCAGUAAUCCGCGUUCUCUAAUGACGGUCGCUACAAAGGUUAUCAUCCAGCUGAAUUGCAAGCUCGGAGGAGUACCUUGGGUAACCAGAAAUCCGUUGAAGGACAUCGUGAUCCUCGGGUACGAUGUUUGCCAUGAUACUCGGGAUAAAUCGAAAUCCUACGGAGCCAUUACGGCCACCAUGUUCGGCACUGAUCCGCAGGAUCCUCGACAGUUUUCUUGCGCCGAGCAGCAUCGGAAGGGCGAAGAGUUGUCAAACUUUAUGUCCGCGGCCAUGACGAAGGUGCUUCGCGCGUACCAGCAAGUGUUUGGUCCAGACCGCUUGCCUCGUCGCUUUCUGCUGUAUCGUGAUGGAGUUGGUGAUGGUCAGCUGCAGCAGGUAGUCGAUCAUGAGGUAAAGGCCAUCAAGGCACGUUUAACUGCCGCUUACGAAAACUAUCAGCCGCAUAAGCCGCAGUUGGGCGUGAUCGUUGUCAGCAAGCGUAUCAACACGCGACUGUUCUCCAACGGACGUAAUCCACCCCCGGGAACGGUGGUGGACGAUGUCAUUACACUUCCGGAAAGAACGGACUUUUUCCUUGUUUCGCAAUCAACAACUAAGGGCACGGUCGCACCGACGUCGUACAAUAUCAUUUACAACGAGCUAGGUCUCACGACGGAUCAGAUUCAAGUCUAUACGUACAGACAAACGCUGAUGUAUUACAACUGGUGCGGUGGCGUCCGUGUGCCAGCUGUCUGCCAGUAUGCGCACAAACUGGCAUUCCUUGUGUCCCAGUAUUUAUUCCAGCAACCGCAAGAGGAUCUGGGAAAAUAUCUCUAUUAUCUAUAAUUUCACUCGGGCAG